UCAUCAUAUGAUAAACUUCUUCGUAAAUGCAAAUGCUUUCUAUCAACAAUCAAUUUCUAGGAAACGCCUCGAUUUAUAUCAAACAAAGUUCACAAUUUAUCGAAUUAACGUCUCAGAGUUAAUGAUGUUAUCGGAAAGAAAUGUUUAUAAAAUAUUAGUGCCUGUGAAACGUUCUCUGAAAUACAAUACAAUGAAAUUACUGCUUAUUUUGUUGAUAUCAGGUCACACAAUAGCAUAUUCACAUUGGUAUAAAGAGGUAGAAAGCCUAGGCCAAAUUCAAGCUUUUAUAGGAACAAGUUUAUCUCCAGAUACUUACAGAUGUUCACAAUCCAUCUAUAGAAAUAUAAAGAAAGAAGAACUUAAGGCUAUUGAAUGCCUCAAAAACCUCAGAUAUAACAGUUCGUUAUGUAAUCAUUUUGUCUAUCACUUCAAACCUUGCCUUGAGGCAUUAUUGGCAGAAAAUAAAAAAUGUGAUAAUGAAGAUUCAUUCAAUUUAAAAAUGAUUGUACUCGAUUCAAUUAUCGCUGAAGCAAAAUUUGUAUGUGAAACGGACGGAGAACAUAUAUUAGAAAUAUUCAACCCAUGCAUCGUUCAUAGUGCUAAAAAGAGUAAAGAAUGCAUAAAGAAUAUUCUUACACCAAGUUCUCAUUUUUCAAGAAAUAUUACACUUUUUUGUAGCAAAUUCCCUAAUAUGUGGGAAUGCUUUGAUGCUCAAUUACAGCAUGAAUGUCAAAAUGAUAUCACUAAAAAUACCAUGCUCAAAUUGUUUUCCGAUGGUCCACCAUGCAACAUACUUUCCAUUUUGUACAUGGAAAUAGCAUCAAAUGUUCAAAUACGAAAUAUAACCGAAAUUAUAUCUAAGAAACAGUACUAGUAAUAUAAUCACUGAAUAGAUUUAUUUUGUUAGAAAUCAUUAUAAGCAUUACCUACCGAAAUACCUCCAAGAGAAUAUAAACUACAUCAAAUAACGUUUCAAAUCAAACUUUAUCGUAACAACCAUAGUAUCCUUUAGGAUGUGAUGUAGGUAUAUUAUGCACCGAGAAAUUAAAAAUGUACCAGAAA